AUGGCCACGCUGCGCUUCGGGGAGCCCUUCCCGGCGGGGAGGUGGCCCCGCGAGGCGGCGGCGGGCGGUGUCGGCGGCGGGGGGCCCGGGCCGGGCUCGCCUCCCGUCACGGCGCUGCCCCGCGGGGCGGCGGAGCCGGCGGAGGGGGCGCCGGCGGCGCAGCGUCGGAAGCGGACGAGCUUCACGGCGGCGCAGCUGGAGACGCUGGAGUCGGUGUUCCAGGACACCAUGUACCCCGACAUCCACCUGCGGGAGAAGCUGGCCGACGCCACGCAGAUCCCCGAGUCCCGCAUCCAGGUCUGGUUCCAGAACCGCCGCGCCAAGUCCCGCCGCCAGCGGGGGCCGCCCCGCCCCGGCCCCGGCCCCGGCCCCCAGCCGCCGGGCUACCCGCGGCCGCCCCACGCCGCCCCGCUCCGCUUCGCCGCCCCUCAGCAGCCCCGCCGCCCGUUGUGCGGCGCUGCCCGGCACAAGGAGGACGGCCGCGAGUGGCCGCCGGCCGCCGCUGCCUUCCCGCCCGGCCCCGACUUCGAGGGCUGCCCCCCGCGGCAGCACGGCGGGGCCGAGGGCGCCUUCGCGGGGCCGCCGCCGCCCGCCGGCCCCUACCCGCCCCCGCGCGGCCUCUGCGGGCGGUACUCGCCCCUCUCGGAGGCGGACGACGGCGGCGGCUUCUCCGAGCCGGGCUCGGAGUGGGAGGAAAACGCCCUCGGCGCCUUCCGAGCCCUCUGA